AUGCCGAGAGCUUCCAAACUCGAGUCUAGCUUUCCAGUGAAACAAGACCAUACUUGUUGUAGUUUAUACUGCGACGCAUGUAAUACGCUGGGUUCAACGAUUGGUGUCACUGCGCAGCUGCUCAACAAUGGCAAAAGUUUGAGUUGCGGUGCUACAUUACCGCCUGGAAUUUACGAUAACAUCGAAUUAGUGUUUUGUCUGCCACCAGUGGAAGAAAUCCUGAAAACACAAGGACUCAAUCGCGAGUCGUUCCUUUCGCUAGAUGGACGUUCCUUACGAACAGUGGGUAUUUUCGUAACAGUAUACAUUUUCAAUACAAACGUUGCAAAGUUAAUGCAAUCUCAAGCCAAAAUUAUUGCGAUCUACAAAAAGAGCAAGAAAGCCUUUUUUAAGGAUGAGCCAUUACCGAGUAAUGUGUAUUGGAGUUUGCCAUUCAAUGCAAUGAUUAAAAAUGAAACAUCGUUUGUGGCGUGCCACAUAAUUCAUGGGAAUGUUCGAAUUGACGGCUAA